UGAAAAUACUAGUACCCUUUUCCAAAUUCAAACGUAAACUCCACGUUUUGCACAGUAACCCCUCUUCUCUCUCUCUUUCUAUUAUUUUAGUGAGGAACACAAUCCCAUUUUGCCUAUAAUUACCACUUGUAGGGGAAUAAUAACACAGUGAAAUUUCUUCGUGUUUUCGCUUGUUUAUAAAGUAAAAAAAAAAGAGCUUCCAGUUUUUGUUUUGUUUUCUACGCGUUUGUCAAACAAACUCAGUCUUCUUUUCUAUUACGCGAAACUUGAACCCACCCUUAUGUCUUUUGUAUUUUUUAUUUAUUGGCUUUCUUUCAAUUUUCGGGUUCUGGUUUUGAUGACUUUUAAGCGGUGGCUUUUACGUAGUCCACUUUACUUGUAAAAUUUGACUGUUCAAGAAUUCCUUCUGCUUUAACAUUAAUCUUAGUUUUGGGAAAAAAGAAAUAGUGGGUUUGUUUAUGUUGUCUGUGAAAUGAAUGGUAACCGGAAAUUCAGUGAGCAUAGCUUCUUGGUUAUUGCGCUGUUCUUGUGUUUGGUACAUCACAACUUGAGUUUCUGUUUGUCCCUCAACGAUGAAGGCUUGGCGCUGUUGAGAUUUAGGGAGAGAGUGGAGAGCGAUCCAUUUGGGGCGUUGUCGAAUUGGAAAGAUGGCGAUGGAGUGGAAAAUCCAUGUACCUGGUUUGGAGUUGGGUGUCUUGAUGGGAAUGUUGUGUCUCUGGACUUGAAAGAUCUCCAUCUCUGUGGUACUCUAGCUCCUGAUCUCGCACGCUUGGUUCACUUGAGAUUUAUAAUUUUACGUAACAACUCCUUUUCUGGGAUCAUACCUGAUGAGAUUGCAAAGCUAAAAAAAUUGGAGAUUCUGGACCUGGGAUAUAAUAACUUUAGCCAGCCGCUGCCUUUUGACCUUUCCAAUAAUCCCUCUCUGGAAAUCCUUUUAUUAGACAACAAUGAGCUGUUUAGCCACAUAAUUCCCGGAACCAGUAGACUUGAAAUGGUCCCAGAUGUCCAAGCAAAUAACAACCUUGUUACGAGAGCCCAACCUAUGUCACCUUCCAAUAGGAGAUUGAUUUUAAGGAGUACAGAAGAACUGGGAAAUGCAGUUGGAAGAAAAUUACUUAAAGUAUCAUCCUUUUCUCUCCUGAAUAGCUUCCGGAGGCAAUUUCAGCAGGUCUCAGAUCCUCCUGAAGUUGGUAUUGAGAACAGCGCGCCUUCAUCCUCCCCAUCUCCAUCACCGAGUCCUUCUCUCUCCCCAUCUCCAUCACCGAGUCCUUCUCUCUCCCCAUCUCCUACACCGUCAAUUACAGCAGAACCUCACCUGGCUCCUUCACCAGUAUCCUCUGCUUCUCCAUCUUCACUUCCCAGUUCUCCAGAGAACCGCAGCAGAGUUGAAGAUUCCAGACGAAGUCAUCAUCGAGCUUUAAUAUUGUCUGCAGCUAUAGGAGGUCCCGUUCUACUAUUUAUAUUGAUAGCUGGCACAAUAUUCUUUCGAAGCAACAAAAUGGCUGUUGUGAGACCUUGGGCCACUGGACUGAGUGGACAGUUACAGAGAGCAUUUGUUACUGGUGUGCCAAAGCUUAAGAGAUCAGAGCUUGAGUCAGCCUGUGAAGAUUUCAGCAAUGUAAUUGGUUCCUCAUCUGUUUGCACAUUAUAUAAGGGCACAUUAUCCAGUGGAGUUGAGAUAGCUGUGAUAUCUCGUACACUGGCAUCUACUAAGGAUUGGUCAAAAGAUAUGGAAGCCCAUUUCAGGAAAAAGAUUGAGACAUUGUCAAAGGUCAAUCACAAGAACUUUGUCAGCCUCCUCGGUUUUUGCGAAGAAGACGAUCCAUUUACCAGAAUGAUGGUUUUCGAGUAUGCUCCUAAUGGGACCCUCUUUGAACAUCUGCACAUAAGGGAAGCUGAAGAUUUGGACUGGGGGAUGCGAAUGAGGAUAGCAAUGGGCAUGGCAUACUGCCUUGAGCACAUGCACAGUUUGUCGCCAUCGUUACCUCAUAAAAACCUGACCUCCUCUGCCGUGUACCUCGCAGAAGACUAUGCAGCCAAAAUAUCGGAUUUGGGGUUCUGGAAUGAGGCUGGUGGCUCUGAAAUAGGGUCAAGUCCAGAAAGUAAUGUUUACAGCUUUGGUGUCAUUCUGUUUGAGAUGAUGACCGGUAGGCUCCCUUACUCAGCAAACAGCAUCUCUCUUGAUGACUGGGCAUCAGACUAUCUAAGAGGUGGAGAAUCCUCGAAAGAAAUGGUUGAUUCAACAUUAAAUUCUUUCCAAGAGGAGCAGGUAGAGAGAAUAACUGAUGUGAUUAAAAUGUGUGUACAUCCUGAGCCAAGACAACGACCGACGAUGAGAGAGGUUUCUGCCAGAUUAAGAGAGAUAACAGGUAUAGGACCAGAUGGUGCAACCCCAAGACUGUCUCCUCUAUGGUGGGCUGAGCUUGAGAUCAUAUCAACAGAGGCUUCUUAAUUGCCUUUAGAUGCUAAUCAAUAUAGAAGCUGUAUAUACAAAGAUGGAAAGCCUUUUUCCGUUUGUUCUUUCUAUUGGGUGGAUUACAAGCGCGUAUUUUCAUUAGGUGUACGUUUUUGUUUGUGUACAAAAAAAGAAAAUUUAGUACUUAAUUUUUAAUCGCCUCAAUUUGCUUUCUCGAA